GAAGCGAGAUUAUGAAGGCUAUUUAUGUUCGCUGUUACUCCCUGCCGAAUCCAGAAGCUCUGCUUUUGCACUGAGAGCCUUCAAUGUGGAACUGGCUCAGAUUAAGGACUCUGUCUCUGAGAAAACAAUUGGACUGAUGCGAAUGCAGUUUUGGAAGAAAACUGUGGAUGAUAUAUACGGUGACAAUCCACCACAUCAGCCUGUGGCCAUUGAACUAUGGAAGGCUGUCAGAAAACAUAAUCUGACUGAAAGAUGGCUUGUGAAAACCUCUGAUGAAAGAGAAAAGAAUUUGGAUGACAAAGUAUAUCAUAACAUCCAGGAACUACGAAAUUAUGCUAAAAACACUCAGAGCUCUCUUCUUUAUCUAACACUAGAAAUAUUGGGUAUAAAGGAUCUUCAUACAGAUCAUGCCACAAAUCACAUUGGAAAAACACAAGGCAUUGUCACUUGCUUGAGAGCAACACCCUGUCAUGGUAACAGAAGAAAGCUGUUCCUUCCCAUGGGUAUUUGUAUGCUGCAUGGUGUUUCACAAGAGGAUUUUCUACAAAAGAGCCAAAAUGAAAAUGUGAGAGAUGUGGUGUAUGAUAUUGCCAGCCAGGCACACUUGCACCUAAAGCAUGCUAGGUCCUUCCACGAAAGUGUUCCUGUGAAAGCAUUUCCUGCUUUUGCGCAGACGGUUGCUCUGGAGGACUAUUUAAAGAAAAUCCGACAAGUAGAUUUUGAUCUAUUCCACCCAUCUUUACAGCAGAAGAAUAUUUUACUUCCAUUAUCUUUGUAUGUUCAGUCAUGGAGAAAAAGAUAUUUUAAAAAAGCAAAAAAAGGGAUAUGGAUGGCAAUUAGUUAA